AUGGCCUUCUUAUCGGGCUGUCCCAGGGUUGACCACCUGGACCGUGCACCGACCCCAGAAGAUCUCCAUCGAGUAUAUCUCCGGACGGUGGAGGACACCGACACAGUGUUUGACACGCUAUUGUCCAUACUGCGACAACCGGCCCUUGGCCAGUAUGUCCGUCAUGUGAAGCUGGACCGCGCCGUGGCGUAUCCACUCGAGCCGCCCGGCCUCAAAACCACGAGAGAGAUCAGUGAGGAGGACCGGAAGCUACUGGAGGGCGCAAUACUCCAGGCCGGGUUUGAAGGCAAGCAGCAUGACAUGAUGAUGAACAUCGUUACGCAUCGGCCACGUGAAUCGAGCUUUCACGAUACGAAGCGGAAAAUCGAUUUAAUCCAUCUCACGCAGGCACUGACUGCGUUGAUGAUCUCCGUCGCUCCAAAGCUAGAGUCUUUCGCCUUUCCCGUGAUCAGUGGCGGAUUCGACUCGCCCGAGGAAUGUUAUCUUAUGCUGCAAGCGUUCUUGGAGCGAGCGAAUGCCAAUCCGACGGAGAUACCGUACCUGCAAAAUCUACGCGACGUGAGCUGUCUCAGCAAUAAAGAUCCUAUAUUGAGCGAUAAGCGGUUCUACGAGAACUAUGACUUUGCGGAGCAGAUGAAGUUGGUCGGCAAUUUGCCAGCCGUGGAGACCAUAAGGGUGGAUGCUAUUGAGGAUAGACACGAAAGUAUAGAGCUCGAACCUCGAUCGACCAACUUCAAGAAGGUUUACAUCCAGAACUCGAAUUACUCCAGCCGAAGCCUGGCCGAAAUCAUCAAAUCGUGCAAAAGACUUCAAGAAUUCAAAUACUCGAUCGGUGGACGAGCUUCUGUCGAUGGCAGCCACGCUAUGUUCAUAGAGCAGCAUCUGCUAGACGGAUUACUCUACCAUACAAACACGCUACAAAAGCUUGAGGUGGAUGUCGACGAUGAAUUCUUUGAUGAGCGGCCAGCGUACUGGGACACAGAGGACGAACAUAGCGUCAAGGAUCCAUACGAGGAUGCUUCCAAUGAGGGACGGCCUAUGUCGCUCCGAGACUUUACCGCUAUGACACAUCUCCGUAUAGGAAUCAAGCUACUGAUGGCCCUUGCACGUGCCAGUAUGAGCAAGGGUGGCUUGGAGGAACCAUCGUUUUCUUUAAUCGACAUUCUUCCCCCAAACCUGGAGUACCUGUGUAUCUUAGGAUAUACAGUUGGGACCAAUAGUAAGCAUGACGUCCAGAUCUCCUUUCUCAUGGAGCAUCGCGACAGGCUACCGUUUUUGAAGGAGAUUGCUGGUGUAGAUGUGCAUAUACCGAACGCAACAUCAGUUGAGGACUAG